CCUCUCCGUGUGCCUAGUCACACCUGCCGGGCGAUGCCAAUGGCCGGGCUGCCCAUCGGGGCUGCGCGCUUUCUCACUCAGCUGCGGCCGGCCACUCGUCGCCGGGCUUGGUAUGUCUUCGGUGGCAACGGAGCCUAGGCUCUCUCCGCUCCUCGGCUUAUGGACGGCUGCGGUCAGAGCAGCAGCAGCGGCAGCAGCGCCUAGCUAAGCGAAGCAACCUGCGGCAGGACUGCUGCGCCGGGGAGCGGGAGCCCGCAAUGCAUUGGCCUCACUACUUUUCCUCCUCCUGCCUGUCUAAGCAGGGCCGCCGCCGCCGCCGCUAGACACAACACCACACAGCAACACAAGGAGGGGGAAAAGUAAGAGAGAGAGGAAAGGGGGAAAAAAGCCCAGGAAGAUGGCGCCCACCAAGCCAAGCUUUCAACAGGAUCCUUCGAGGCGAGAACGUUUACAAGCCUUGAGAAAGGAAAAAUCCCGAGAUGCUGCUCGUUCUCGAAGAGGAAAAGAAAAUUUUGAAUUCUAUGAGUUGGCCAAAUUGUUGCCACUCCCUGCUGCCAUUACCAGCCAGCUUGACAAGGCAUCUAUCAUCCGAUUAACAAUUAGCUAUUUGAAGAUGAGGGACUUUGCUAAUCAAGGGGAUCCUCCAUGGAACCUGCGUAUGGAAGGACCACCUCCCAACACGUCAGUGAAAGGGAUACAAAUAUGGAAAUCUGAGGUCUGCAUGAGAAAGACACCAUGUGAAGCUGUGAAACGGAUUGCUUUGUAUGAUUAUGAGAAAUAA